AUGGACCCCCAGCAGUACUACGGGUCCUCUCACCCCUCCGACCAACCCGCCCACCGCACCAUCUUCCCCAAAGGCCCGGUCUUCAAUCUCGACGACUUCUCCAGCCGGGAUUUUAUAGCCAAAGACUUCAUCGAAUCCUUGACCGAGGGCGUACAGGCCGCUCAUCGCCGCUCCCAUGGAACCGCCAGCGCACCUUUCGACCCCAAGCCCUUGAUUCGCUCGUUCGAGCAGGCCUCGCGACGUCUCGAUGAACUGUCCGGCGAAUUGGAGCAGCGCGAGAAUGAACUGUCCGCUGCCGUGAGAAGAGCUGAAGCGCAACAUGCGAGUAAUACCGAGACACUGGGCAGGAAGCUCAAUUCCACGAUCGAGAGCUUUCAGAAACUCGAUACCUCCUUGAAGAGCGACAGAGGGGAGAGAUGGGGCGGGAAUGUCGCCGUGGAAACUGGGCGCAGAAUAGAAGAGCUGGAUCGACAGAGGAGAAAAGCCCUGGAUGCGCACUUUUUGAUUGAGUGCUGGGAUGAGGUCAGUAACCGCGGCGAGGUCACCCUGUUGGAGAAUCUCAGAAGAUCCGGCACUGGAGAAGGGAAGAUCAGGUCGGCCAAUAUCGCCCGUCAGCUACUGAGGAUUAGCCAACGACUAGAUCCCAAAAGUCAUGGGCAGGCCAAUGGCGUAACGACGAACAAGCAGGUCGGCAUCACGAACGGUGUGACGGGAAGCCGGAAUUUCAACACCAGAGAAGUCAUCGAGAAAUUCAUCGAGACAUUAGAGAACGAUAUGCUCAAGCUGUUCGACGACUUCUACCGACGACAAAAUUUCGAGGAGAUGAAGAACUGCGCGAUUGUGUUGCAGGAUUUUAAUGGCGGAGCCUCUGUCCAGGCGGCAUUUGUCAAUCAACACCAAUUCUUCAUCGAUCGAAGCAAUCUCAUGACUGAGGAGAUAGGCGGGGAUCAGGAGACCUGGAUUCGGCUCUCCGACCCAGACGCCGAGUUGCCGGGCGUUGAACCUGGCCUGCAGUCGUUGAUCGACGAAGUCAAGGUCGUGGUUCAGGAAGAAUCGGCCAUCAUCAAAAGAGCAUUCCCCUACCCGGAACAAGUGCUGGGUAAAUUUGUUCAAAGAGUUUUCCAGCAAUCGAUACAGCAGAGGCUCGAAUUGGUGCUGGAGAAGGCGGAAUCGGAAUCCACACUCGCCUAUCUGAGGUCUUUGCAAGCCGCGAGGAGCUAUAUCAGUGUCCUCGUCGAAGAUUUGAAGGCACAUGGGUUGACGGAGCAUCCUGAACCGGUGACUUCUCAGACAAGUCAACUACUUGAUCAGCAACUCGAUGAACUUUUCACCCCCUACUUUGGUGGUUCAGCAUACAUCGACAAAGAAAAACACAACCUUCAAGAACUCUACAAAUCUCUCCUUUUCAAGUUCGAACUCUUCCACUCUCGACGCCAAAAAGAGCCGAAAACUUACCUCGCAGCGAUCCGCAAUCGAGGUCAGGAACUCCUCGCAUCGGCUAGAGAAGCCACUGACGCGUACGUUAAGUCCCUGGACUUGGAGAAGAUGUCGCCCACGCAAAAGAGGAUUCUGUUGAGUGUUGCUGGUCUCCAGAACACGGGAGGCGACGAUAAAUCACAGCCGGACGUGGAAAUCGACGAGGAAGACGGGAGGUUGAAUGUUGUAUUCGCAAAGAGGAUGCUCAAGUGGCUCGCUGAAGGAGUAAGACGGGGUCUCGAAUUGGGUGGCGGUUCAGAAACGCCAAAGGACGUCGCUGCCCUCCUCAACCUUGUCCUGAAGAACUUGCUGGAGUCAUAUGUCGAGGUCUCCCUCGAAGCUUGUGCCGACCUCGCCUCGUCUCUUGAAAAUACACGAAGAGAGCCCGACCUCUCCUACCUUUCCAACCUUCGCACAGCUGUGCACAUCGCCCAUCUGGUACAGUCCUGCAUCAACACCCUUCUCAUCCCCUUAGCUAGCUCAUCAUUAACCACGCGGCGAGAGAUGGAGAAAGCUGCCCGUACAGCGACGGUCCGUAUCGAGGAUCAAAUCAAUAACAUUGAACAAGCCACCAUCGACGGUGUGCUUAACUGGACGUCGCGAUUACUUUCCAACCAGAACCGCGCGGAUUUCCGACCCCGGCAGGAAACGGAGGCGCCGAGCUUGGAACAGCCUCAAACAUCGACCUGUGAAAGCGUGUGUAGAUUUUUGGCCUUGUUCCACGAUACAGCCGCGCAGAGUUUCGACGGCACGAAUCUCAGCGUGUUGUUGAUGGAGGUUGCGGUGGGAUUUCGCAGUCAACUUCUCCAGCACUUCACCAAGUACCAAGUCAAUAGAAUUGGCGGGGUCAUGCUUGCGAGAGACAUGUCUCGGUACGUCCAGCUUCUCAGAUCUUGGGAACUGGGGAGUGGCGCUAGCGGCGAGAGCGGUGCCAACAGCAUCGACGCUGAUGCGGUUAACGGUGGAGGAGGAGCUUCCUUCAAGAACAGUCUCGAGGUGCUGAGUGAGCUGGCCAGUGUAUUUGUGCUGCAUCCCGACGCACUGAAGGAGAGACUGAGGGGCCCGGUCCUGGGGAAUCUUGGGAAAGAGAAUCUCAGGCCGUAUCUGCUUAAGAGAGAUGAUUAUUUGGAGGUGGGCAUGCAGAGUCUACUGGCGUCCUUGUGA